UCUCAAGGCUGAGAAAACAAAAAAUGGGGAAUUCAGAGUCGUGUUUCCGAAAAUACCGAAUCCCGAGGUACGAAACCCCGAGGGAUUUGCUGGAGAUGAGACAAGGUUCUUGCAAAGAAUCAAUUAAGGCUUGGCAAGAUUGCUAUUCCGAAGAGAAUUUUGUGAGGAUGAGGAGGUGUAUGGAGGCUCACCCUCAUUACUAUCAGCCCCUUCUGGCGCCGAUCGAAGCUGGUGGAGAAGUGUUCGAGAAAGAGAUGGAAUCUUUCUUAAUGCCCUCCAAUGAAGAUUCGAACCAACAAAAAGAGGAAGAGAGACAAGACGCAUUGUAUUUGCGGUUUUGCAAGUUCAUGGAAGGAGGUGACUGCAAAGAAAUAUUCACAGCUUUUUUACAUUGUGUGGAGGAAGAUGAUGAAAGUAGUAGGUGUUUGGAAGUCAAAGAAACGAUGUCCAAGUGUAUUGAGGCACACUCUGAUUACUAUCAACCUUACCUAGCUGCCAAGAAAGCUGCUAGUGAACAAAUUUGUAAGGAGCUCGUAGCUCCAUUUGUGAAGCAAGCUUAG